AUGAGUAGCGCCCAAGAGCCGUUGAUCUCACGGCACUCCUCGCCGGAAGGUGACCACGAUGUCAGCGACGAUGUCGAGUACGGCGAUUAUAACCACACGGCGGUAGCUGGCAACAAUGAUGAUGACGAUAACACCACCGCGGAUCCCACAACGCCCAGCAAUUCCUCACCCACGCUCUUCAUCUACCUCCUCACCGUGUGCGCCGGCAUCUCGGGCCUUCUAUUCGGCUACGAUACCGGCGUAAUCUCCUCGACCCUGGUCACCGUCGGCACCGCCCUGACCCACCCCCUUCCUCUCAGCUCCCUCGACAAAUCCAUCAUCACCUCCUCCACGUCCCUCCUCGCCCUCCUCAUUUCUCCCUUCUCCUCCUACCUCGCCGACCGCCUGGGCCGCAAGCGUGUUAUCCUGUUCGCCGACGCGCUCUUCAUUGCAGGGGCCUUGCUCCAGGCGGUGAGCAACAAUGUAGGCACGAUGGUGGUAGGGCGAGCGGUGGUGGGUAUGGCAGUGGGAGCAGCGAGUUUUGUGGCGCCGCUGUAUGUGGCCGAGACUGCGCCGGCUGGGUUGAGAGGGCGGUUAGUGACGAUGAAUGUGAUUUUUAUCACGCUUGGGCAGGUCGUGGCGUAUGUGGCCGGUUGGGGACUUGGGGAACUAGGAAGUAGUGAAGAUGGGAGCGGGGGAGGUGAGAAUGUGGGGUGGCGGUGGAUGGUUGGGUUGGGUGCGCUACCGGCGAUUGUGCAAGUAGUCGUGAUGCUAGCUAUGCCUGAGACGCCGAGGUGGUUGGUGAUGGUGGGCAGAGGUGAGGAAGCUAGAAGGGUUGUGGAACGUGUCGUUGGAGGGAGUGGUCUGGGGCGGAAGAGGGAGGUAGAUGUGACCAUAAAAGGGAUUGAGGUGGAGGUUAGAGAGGAGGAUGAGGCGAGGAGGUUACGCGGGGCCGGGAAGGCGGCGUGGCUGGAUUCGGCCGAGGAGUUGUUCAGGGUCAAGAGAAACCGCAGGGCUCUAGCAAUUGCCUGUCUACUGCAAGGGCUGCAGCAAUUAUGUGGAUUUAACUCGCUCAUGUACUUCUCGGCCACCAUCUUCACUAUGCUCGGUUUCUCGAUCCCCACACUCACGUCGCUGGUCGUGGCCGUCACCAACUUUGCCUUUACUCUUGUGGCCCUCUUCCUGAUUGACCGCAUUGGAAGACGGCGCAUACUGCUCUGGUCGAUUCCGUUUAUGAUGGGCGGCCUGCUCCUCGCAGCCUACGGCUUCUCCUUCAUCACGCUCGCAAACAGCGACUCAAUCGCCAGCAGUACCGACGGCGACACCGAACCCCCUCCCGCGCGGGGCGCCGCACUCACCAUCCUGGCCAGCAUCAUGGUGUACGUAGCCGGAUACGCUUUGGGACUCGGUAACGUGCCGUGGAUGCAGAGCGAGCUAUUCGCGCUCAACGUGCGUUCGCUGGGUAGCGGCAUCGCCACGGCGACCAACUGGGGCGCCAACUUUGUCAUUGGGCUCACCUUUUUGCUACUCAUGGACGCGCUUACGCCAUCUUGGACGUUUGUGUUGUACGCAGGGAUAUGUGCCGCUGGGUAUGGGCUGGUCUGGACGUUUUAUCCCGAGACGGCCGGGCUCAGCCUCGAGGAGGCGGCUAGUCUGUUGGAGGAUGAUCGCUGGGGGGUGCGGUGA